GGGAGGGCUUUGCUCACAAAGACCCCCAACUGCAGAGAGAGAAGGAAGGAGAGGGCAGACAGAGAGAGGGGACAAAGGCACCCAGAGAGAGUUACACAGGGAGGGAGACAAAGGAGGUGUGAGUGUGAGUGGGUGGGGGAUCCAUGAGUGAGACCCAUGCACAAUACAGCUGAGAGACUGCAAAGUAACAGGAGAGACAGGGGGAUGGGUGACAGAGGGGGGAGCCCUGCACAUUCUCAUGGCAUGUUAUAGAGUGCAGGUAAAUAAGAGACAGCUUUGGCAAGCAUUGGGAGAGACCCCCAGGAGAGUGCUGGAGGGUAGCAUCAGGAAUGACAAAGAGACUAUAUGAUACCUUAGGGGAAAGAAAGAGACAGACUGAGAGCAACCAUUGUCACUGCCCAAGGAAGAGACAUCCUGGAAGGCAGAGAAGCCAUAAGGUGACAGCUGAUAACAUGUUGUGGAUUUCAGGAUAUCUCCCAGGGAUGUAACUCAUCCUACCCAGGUACACCACCUUUCUCAUUGUACCCCACUAUUACUCAUUCCACCUGUCCUCCCUGAUAAGCCUUCUCUUGCAUGGCACAGCAGGGGGCUAGUUUGAAUCCAGCUUAGUGGGCCUUCAGUUAGGAUAUCAAGGGGUUAAAAGACCCACCAUUAUUAGAUGUUGUGUUUUAGCAUCAGUUCUGUUUGUUUGGGUUAAAUGGUGAAUUCACUGCUUGGAAAACAGAGACAAUGCGAUCAUCUGGUUUGUUUUUUCCCAGUCUGUGUUUGUUUUUCUGACAGUUUGGGAAUCAGAGAUGCUUUGUGAUCCACUAGAGCUCCAUAACAUGCCCAUUCAGUAUUAGGGUACCCAUUCUCCAUCAGACUGGGUAUGGAGGUCUGAUCCUACAAUAUUCCUUUACCACCUGUGAGUGUUUACAAUGUGUGUUAGGCAGACAGAUGCCAUGAAUACAGUGUAAGAGAAUAAACUCACAUGAUCAGAUCAGAAUUAUUAUGCUAUUGCUUAUCAAUACUGCAGAAUAAGUUGGCAUUCCAGUACUAAGAAUAUUGAUACAAUAGGGAGUUGUAUGGGUGAUCUCUGUAUUGUUCCCUGGCUCUUGCUCAAGGUGAUGUACACACCAUGUAUGAGUGGUGGGGGUUGUCAAACUUGUCCCUUCCUCUCAUAAAUAUGGUCCCUGCAGUCUAGAGGCUGACUGAGAAUGAUGGGAGUUAUUACUGAACUCUGGUGCAGAGUGUACAUGGAAUGCAGGGGGAGCAUGGAUUCAGUUGCAAGCAACCACUUCCCUGGAAUUCAUGGUAAUUCCAAUUCUGAGCAUACUGGGAGUUGCAGUCCAAAGCAACUAUAAGAGAGCUGUUUAGAUAUGUUGAAAGAAAACUGUGUUAAACCUAGAAUGGGAGAUAUUGUAACUCUCUGUGGGAUACAGAAUUUAUAUUAUUCAUGUUUCCCAAAUAUAUUUCCAUAUAUCAACAAAUUUUAAUUGAAAUUUAAAAUGAAUUAAAAUGUAUAAGCAUUGUGUUGUGUGUCAUGGGAGUGAAGAUAUGGAAGCAUAUCCUUCCAAAUGACCAGGGUCUCAGAGGGAAUUCUGGCAUAGCUACCAGCUGUCCUAAUAUUCCAGCGAUUUGGAAAAUUAUUUUAAAACUGUUUGUUCAAGCCCGAGCCCCAAGAGUUUUAUUUGGAACUCAAAACUCGCUGUAACCAAACACACUGUUAAGGUUAUUCUCGAAUUACAGGCUUAUUUACCAAUAACAGGCUUUUUCAUGAAUUGACCAGGAUUAUUCACAAAAGUCAGAAUUUCACAUUUUAGGUCAAAGUAGCCAAAUUGGAUGCAUACUUGACUUAGUCAAGAUGUCUUCUAUUUUGCCCUUAAAUUUGAAAUGUAUUUGAAUUCACUUUGAAUUCUCACAUUAGUGAAUAAUCCUGUGAAUUAGAAAUCAAGUUGUGAAAUUUUGGCAAAAAUUGCUCAUUGGAAAAACUUUUGACAGAGGGUUAUUUUAUUUUAAUUUUAAUUCACUACAACUUGUUAUUUCUUAAAUAAACCAUCAUGUCAAUAUGUUUAAUCACAACACAUUUACCGCAAAGUUUAAUGGUUAUUUUUUUUUUUUUAUCAUCUGAAUUAAUUGUUGAUAAAUAGCCACAAAUCCCACACACGUAGAUCAGUCCUGCAAGAGUUACUCUCAGCUGAACUCUGCAAUUGAAAGACUGGCUUAGCCAGUGGCAAUCUGGGCCUGGAAUUCUCAUUUUAUUUCUGUAAUAUUAACAGUAUAAUCAUUUCACAUUUUCUAUACUCCCGUACAAACAGGGGAAGAUUGCUCAUACUGUUUUGGAAAGUGAAUUGGUAAUGGUUCAUGCGCAAGAUUAAUUAAGGACAGAGAUCAUUUGCAUUAACUCUGUCUAUACUAGGGUGAAUUCUCUGGAGGGCUAGCCUCAGCUGUCUUGAUGAGACGGUUUUGCUUCUAUUGGAGGGAAUUACAGCUUUACACAAUAAUCCACUGGUUUGGCUCUAGCAAGAAAGAGAUGAACAUAACAGAGGAUGUGAGAGGCAGGGGGUUAAAAGACAAGGACAGGAGUGAAGAUUUUUAAUAUUAAAGGGUUAAAGACAAAUGUUCUGAUUCUAAUAGAAUGUGACGUGCACAUUAUACCACAGUGCUUAAAGAAAAUGCAAAUAUAUUAUUUUAUUAUGUAUGUAUAGUGUUUAUUAUUAUUAUUAUUAUUGAUGUUAUUAAAUAGCAAGGUGUUUAUAUGGAUGAGUAACUAAGAUUAAAAAAAAACAUAUGUAUGGAUGCUCAGGGUAGUAUAGAAAAUAAAAUUAGUUACAUUCUGAAAAAUGUAUUUGCUCAUAGUCUUCUACGGAAUUAUCAAGGGCGAUAAAAUGUUUUGGAGGUUUGCAGAAUAAUGCAGCCUUUAUACAGCAAAAUUGAAGAUGGUGUCUGAAAUAUUAGCAUAAAAACACAAAUACACAAAUGGUCACAGUAGGCAUAAAUAAAACUACAAUCAAACAACCUGCUUUUAGGCAGGGAUUUUAGGAAUGUAGCUUCCUAAAAAUGCCAGCACAAUGGGAAUACAUAUUUGUUUGAGAAUAGUACCCAUAUCUGUACUAUAUAGGACUUUGCAAUCUUCUAUCAGAAAGGGUUAGUCCCAAAGUCACACUAUACAUUGAAUGAUUUGUGUAUCUUAAAUCUUAUAGUGUAGAUAGUGAAUUUUAAUUUAAGGUCAGAUUAGCCGAACUUGAAAAUUCUCUAAGUUAGCUAUGCUGUCAGUUCUGCUACUAUGGUCUUCAAUGUGAAUUUCACAUUGAAUUUUCACUUUACUAAAUAAUCGUGAAUGUGUUAGAUCAGGGGUUAGGCAGCCUUCGGCACUCCCGAUGUUGUGGACUGUGUAGAUACAUGUAACUGAGCUCUCCGUGUGUCUUUUUAAACAUAGGCUGUAUUGGUAAUAAACAUCUCUGCAUGGAACAAACACGUCAAGACGGCUGUUGAAAGCAAGGAGCGUGGAAGAAACAGGCAAGGCCGGGGGGAACAUGACAUCCACUAUGCAAACGCUGCACUUCCAGCUGCUACCCCCUGAUCCGGGGCAGGACUGGCCUCCCCCAUGUGAACAAGAAAUAGAGAGGAGGUACGAGGUGGUUCCCUCGGUGGUUUGCGCCAUGUGCUGUCUCUUUGGCAUCAUCUAUUGUUUUUUUGGUAAGCAUUUAAAAAAACCAAAAUUCACAAACAAGAAACAUGAGAGUGACCCUUUAAAUGCCAUGAUGCAACUACAAGUCAUCUGAUUGGCUAAGUGAUCGUAAAUGAAAAAAACUAAAUUGUUAAAACCGAAGCAAACACAAUACUGUGUGUGCUAUUACAGGGAAGAACAAAAAUAUAAAAUAAAUAUUAACUUAUUGUAUUAGUAGUUAUAAAGUGCAAGGCCUACAUUGCUGCGAGUGACUGUUUUAUACAUCACUCCUUCACCUCCAACUUGCUACACAUUGACAACUGCCUCGUAAAGUAUAAACCAAAAUCUCAAAUAUAGGAAUAAUUCUCAAUAAUUACACUCCCACCAACCAACGUGAUAAUCUCUGUCACUUGGAAACACAUCGAUCGUGACUGCUCAGUUCCUGACAGUCAUCGGGUUUGGUUGCCUUAUCAUCCAGAGUCUUUGUACUGACUGGUGGGAGUUUCGUUAACAACUACUAAAAUCCCUAAUAUUUUCCAGCUAAGUAGUUUGUUUAGCAUUUCCAUAGAUCUAUACGUCUGGAUAUAUUUCUAUAGACUGCCCAAGAAAGCUGUGCUUUCUCCUUACUGUAGCCUCAAUUUAAUUUGCUUGAAGCAGAAAUUGUUCCAAUCAUUUGAAAUAUCUUUUGAUAGAGUGAUUUAGCUACAAAACUUGCAGUAGACUUUAAUGGUGACUUCUGUAAAUCCUUAGGAAAGUAUUAUUUAUUAACUAUGCGGGAAUUGAAUGCUCUCCAGAAAAUCUGGUGUAACUUCACUGUUUCAGGAAGACAAGAGAGCCAUGUUAAAAUAGUUGGUUAUCCCAUUUUAUUAAUAGACUCCAUGGUCAUUAUAGAUCAUUUUGCCUGUGCAAAGUAGCAUCGUUUCAUGUAUGCUUUCUAACUGGGGCCGGGAUUAUUAUAAAAAGCUGUCCCCCACCCCCUUUUUUCUUUGGUACUUACGCUCCAUUCCCCUUCACCGAAUAUAUAAUGUAUCACAACAUACAUUUCUCUGUAUUGUUUCUGUGCAUUCUGUUGAAUUGUGUAUGAAAUAUACAGAGAGAAAGCAGCGACGUGUAAAGUCAAUGAUCAGAAUGAAACAGUUACUUUAAUAAAAUACAGUAUAAAAGAUACAAACAUGGAGCAAUGGGAGAUAGAAUAUAAUAGAACAAGGAUGGAGGGAGAGAAAACGACGAGAGUGCCACCACUAUCAUUAUAUAAUUCAAUAAAAUCAGGUACAAAUGAGCCAGAGUGAAAUAACACAAAUCUCCUUCAUCUAGGCGAAUGCCCAAUGAAGCAGAUUGGACAUUAGCCAAUAAAAGACGAGAUAGAUCAGGCACAAAUUGGCUCACUGUAUUCUGCUUUCCUCACAAUAAGUGACAAUGUUUUUCCUGAGGAUAUUUAUCAAAUCUGGCACAUUUUAGCAGUUCCAGAUAUCAGUCGUUGGUGAAUACAUUGCUGCACUAAAAGGGCAAAGAAGCUAACAAUUAUAAAUAACCUGAAACCGCAAGAAUGUCGCAGUUUGAUAGCGAGACCUCAGGCGGGGGAUUUUCUAGAACUCAUACAAAGGUGAGGGACAGACAGGAACCCACAAACAAUAGAACGGGGGCAGCUCAUUAUAGUAAAUGCCAAACACCUGCUACUAAAAUAAUGACAUUUACCCCAUGCUUUAUUACACUGUUAGAGUUAUAGUAAUACACAUCUAGAUUUAUUGGAAUAUGCAACUGAGCUUUAUUAGAUAAUCUAGAUUUAUUAUAUUCUGGAUCCCUGUUAUAUCACACGGCUGGGUUUAUUAUAUUCUGGAUCCCCGUUAUAUCACACAUCUGGGUUUAUUAUAUUCUGGAUCUUUGUUAUAUCACACAGCUGGAUUUAUUAUAUUCUGAAUCCCUGUUAUAUAAUACAUCUGGGUUUAUUAUAUUCUGGAUCCCCGUUAUAUAAUACAUCUGGGUUUAUUAUAUUCUGGAUCCUUGUUAUAUCACACAGCUGGGUUUAUUAUAUUCUGGAUCUUUGUUAUAUCACACAGCUGGAUUUAUUAUAUUCUGAAUCCCUGUUAUAUAAUACAUCUGGGUUUAUUAUAUUCUGGAUCCCCGUUAUAUAAUACAUCUGGGUUUAAUAUAUUCUGGAUCCUUGUUAUAUCACACAGCUGGGUUUAUUAUAUUCUGGAUCCCUGUUAUAUCACACAGCUGGGUUUAUUAUAUUCUGGAUCCCCGUUAUCCCAGCUGUUAUAUAUUCUGGAUCCCUGUUACAUCUGGGUUUAUUAUAUUCUGGAUCCCUGUUAUAUAAUACAUCUGGGUUUAUUAUAUUCUGGAUCCCCGUUGUUAUAUCACACAGCUGGGUUUAUUAUAUUCUGGAUCCCCGUUAUAUAAUAAUUCUGGGUUUAUUAUAUUCUGGAUCCUUGUUAUAUCACACAGCUGGGUUUAUUAUAUUUUGGAUCCCUGUUAUAUCACACAGCUUGGUUUAUUAUAUUCUGGAUCUCUGUUAUAUCACACAUCUGCAUUUAUUAUAUUCUGGAUCCCUGUUAUAUCACACAGCUGGCUUUAUUAUAUUCUGGAUCUCUGUUAUAUCACACAUCUGCAUUUAUUAUAUUCUGGAUCCCUGUUAUAUCACACAGCUGGGCUUAUUAUAUUCUGGAUCCUUGUUAUAUCACACAUCUGCAUUUAUUAUAUUCUGGAUCCAUGUUAUAUCACACAGCUGGGUGUAUUAUAUUCUGGAUCCAUUUUAUAUCACACAGCUGGAUUUAUUAUAUUCUGGAUCCCUGUUGUAUGACACAGCUGGGUUUGUUAUAUUCUGGAUCCCUGUUAUAUCACACAGCUGGGUUUAUUAUAUUCUGGAUCCCUUUUAUAUAACACACCUGUAUUUACUAUAUUCUGGAUCCCGGUUAUAUCAUACAUCUGGGUUUAUUAUAUUCUGGAUCCCUGUUAUAUCACACUGCUGGGUUUAUUAUAUUCUGGAUCCCUUUUAUAUCACACAUCUGGGUUUAUUAUAUUCUGGAUCACUGUUAUAUCACACAGUUGGGUUUAUUAUAUACUGAAACCCUGUUAUAUCACACACCUGCAUUUAUUAUAUUCUGGAUUACGGUUAUAUCAUACAUCUGGGUUUAUUAUAUUCUGUAUCCCUGUUAUAUAACACAGCUGGGUUUAUUAUAUUCUGGAUCCCCGUUAUAUAACACAGCUGGGUUUAUUAUAUUCUGGAUCCCUGUUAUAUCACACAUCUGCAUUUAUUAUAUUCUGGAUGCCUGUUAUAUCACACAUCUGGGUUUAUUAUAUUCUGUAUCCCUGUUAUAUCACACAUCUGGGUUUAUUAUAUUCUGGAUCCCUGUUAUAUCACACAGUUGGGUUUAUUAUAUACUGGAACCCUGUUAUAUCACACACCUGCAUUUAUUAUAUUCUGGAUUACGGUUAUAUCAUACAUCUGGGUUUAUUAUAUUCUGUAUCCCUGUUAUAUAACACAGCUGGGUUUAUUAUAUUCUGGAUCCCUGUUAUAUAACACAGCUGGGUUUAUUAUAUUCUGCAACCCCGUUAGAUCACUCAGCUGGGUUUAUUAUAUUCUGAAUCCCCGUUAUAUAACACAGCUGGGUUUAUUAUAUUCUGGAUCCCUGUUAUAUCACACAUCUGCAUUUAUUAUAUUCUGGAUCCCUGUUGUAUCACACAGCUGGGUUUAUUAUAUUAUACAUCCCUGUUAUAUCACACAGCUGGGUGUAUUAUAUUCUGUAUCCAUGUUAUAUCACACAGCUGGAUUUAUUAUAUUCUGGAUCCCUGUUAUAUCACACAGCUGGGUUUAUUAUUUUCUGGAUCCCUGUUAUAUAAUACAUCUGGGUUUAUUAUAAUCCUGGAUCCCUGUUAUAUCACACACCUGGGUGUAUUAUAUUCUGGAUCCAUGUUAUAUCACACAGCUGGAUUUAUUAUAUUCUGGAUCCCUGUUAUAUCACACAGCUGGGCUUAUUAUAUUCUGGAUCCCUGUUAUAUUACACAUCUGGGUUUAUUAUAUUCUGUAUCCCUGUUAUAUCACAUAGCUGGCUUUAUUAUAUUCUGGAUCCCGGUUAUAUCACACAUCUGGGUUUAUUAUAUUCUGUAUCCCUGUUAUAUCACACAUCUGGGUUUAUUAUAUUCUGGAACCCUGUUAUAUCACACACCUGCAUUUAUUAUAUUCUGGAUUCCGGUUAUAUCAUACAUAUGGGUUUAUUAUAUUCUGGAUCCCGGUUAUAUCAUACAUCUGGGUUUAUUAUAUUCUGGAUCCCUGUUAUAUCACACAGCUGGGUUUAUUAUAUUCUGGAUCCCUGUUAUAUCACACAAUUGGUUUUAUUAUAUACUGGAACCCUGCUAUAUCACACACCUGCAUUUAUUAUAUUCUGGAUUCCGGUUAUAUGAUACAUCUGGGUUUAUUAUAUUCUGGAUCCCCGUUAUCUAAUACAGCUGGGUUUAUUAUAUUCUGGAACCCCGUUAGAUCACUCAGCUGGGUUUAUUAAAGCCUGGAUCCCUGUUAUAUCACACAGCUGGGUUUAUUAUAGCCUGGAUCCCUGUUAUAUCAUACAUCUGGGUUUAUUAUAAUUCUGGAUCCCUGUUAUAUCACACACCUGGGUGUAUUAUAUUCUGGAUCCAUGUUAUAUCACACAGCUGGAUUUAUUAUAUUCUGGAUCCCUGUUAUAUCACACAGCUGGGUUUAUUAUAUUUUGGAUCCCUGUUAUAUCACACAGCUGGGUGUAUUAUAUUCUGGAUCCAUGUUAUAUCACACAUCGGGGUUUAUUAUAGUUCUGGAUCUCUGUUAUAUCACACAGCUGGGCUUAUUAUAUUCUGGAUCCCUGUUAUAUUACACAGCUGGGUUUAUUAUAUUCUGGAUCCCUUUUAUAUAACACACCUGUAUUUACUAUAUUCUGGAUCCCAGUUAUAUCAUACAUCUGGGUUUAUUAUAUUCUGGAUCCCUGUUAUAUCACACAUCUGGGUUUAUUAUAUUCUGGAUCCCUGUUAUAUCACACAGUUGGGUUUAUUAUAUACUGGAACCCUGUUAUAUCACACAACUGCAUUUAUUAUUCUGGAUUACGGUUAUAUCAUACAUCUGCAUUUAUUAUAUUUUGGAUCCCUGUUAUAUCACACAGCUGGGUGUAUUAUAUUCUGGAUCCAUGUUAUAUCACACAGCUGGGUUUAUUAUAUUCUGCAACCCCGUUAGAUCACUCAGCUGGGCUUAUUAUAUUCUGGAUCCCUGUUAUAUUACACAGCUGGCUUUAUUAUAUUCUGGAUCCCGGUUAUAUCACACAGCUGGGUUUAUUAUAUUCUGUAUCCCUGUUAUAUCACACAUCUGGGUUUAUUAUAUUCUGGAACCCUGUUAUAUCACACACCUGCAUUUAUUAUAUUCUGGAUUCCGGUUAUAUCAUACAUCUGGGUUUAUUAUAUUCUGGAUCCCUGUUAUAUCACACAGUUGGUUUUAUUAUAUACUGGAACCCUGCUAUAUCACACACCUGCAUUUAUUAUAUUCUGGAUUCUGGUUAUAUGAUACAUCUGGGUUUAUUAUAUUCUGGAUCCCGGUUAUAUCAUACACCUAGGUUUAUUAUAUUCUGGAUCCCCGUUAUAUAACACAGCUGGGUGUAUUAUAUUCUGGAUCCCUGUUAUAUCACACAGCUGGGCUUAUUAUAUUCUGGAUCCCUGUUAUAUUACACAUCUGGGUUUAUUAUAUUCUGGAUCCCUGUUAUAUCACACAGCUAGCUUUAUUAUAUUCUGGAUCCCGGUUAUAUCACACAUCUGGGUUUAUUAUAUUCUGUAUCCCUGUUAUAUCACACAUCUGGGUUUAUUAUAUUCUGGAACCAUGUUAUAUCACACACCUGCAUUUAUUAUAUUCUGGAUUCCGGUUAUAUCAUACAUCUGGGUUUAUUAUAUUCUGGAUCCCUGUUAUAUCACACAUCUGGGUUUAUUAAAUUCUGGAUCCCUGUUAUAUCACACAGCUGGGUUUAUUAUAUACUGGAUCCCUGUUAUAUCACACAGCUGGGUGUAUUAUAUUCUGGAUCCAUGUUAUAUCUCACAUCGGGGUUUAUUAUAGUUCUGGAUCUCUGUUAUAUCACACAGCUGGGCUUAUUAUAUUCUGGAUCCCUGUUAUAUUACACAGCUGGGUUUAUUAUAUUCUGGAUCCCUUUUAUAUAACACACCUGUAUUUACUAUAUUCUGGAUCCCGGUUAUAUCAUACAUCUUGGUUUAUUAUAUUCUGGAUCCCUGUUAUAUCACACAUCUGGGUUUAUUAUAUUCUGGAUCCCUGUUAUAUCACACAUCUGGGUUUAUUAUAUUCUGGAUCCCUGUUAUAUCACACAGUUUGGUUUAUUAUAUACUGGAACCCUGUUAUAUCACACACCUGCAUUUAUUAUAUUCUGGAUUACGGUUAUAUCAUACAUCUGGGUUUAUUAUAUUCUGUAUCCCUGUUAUAUAACACAGCUGGGUUUAUUAUAUUCUGGGUCCCUGUUAUAUAACACAGCUGGGUUUAUUAUAUUCUGCAACCCCGUUAGAUCACUCAGCUUGGUUUAUUAUAUUCUGAAUCCCCGUUAUAUAACACAGCUGGGUUUAUUAUAUUCUGGAUCCCUGUUAUAUCACACAUCUGCAUUUAUUAUAUUCUGGAUCCCUGUUGUAUCACACAGCUGGGUUUAUUAUAUUAUGCAUCCCUGUUAUAUCACACAGCUGGGUGUAUUAUAUUCUGGAUCCAUGUUAUAUCACACAGCUGGAUUUAUUAUAUUCUGGAUCCCUGUUAUAUCACACAGCUGGGUUUAUUAUUUUCUGGGUCCCUGUUAUAUAAUACAUCUGGGUUUAUUAUAAUUCUGGAUCCCUGUUAUAUCACACUCCUGGGUGUAUUAUAUUCUGGAUCCAUGUUAUAUCACACAGCUGGAUUUAUUAUAUUCUGGAUCCCUGUUAUAUCACACAGCUGGGCUUAUUAUAUUCUGGAUCCCUGUUAUAUUACACAUCUGGGUUUAUUAUAUUCUGUAUCCCUGUUAUAUCACAUAGCUGGCUUUAUUAUAUUCUGGAUCCCGGUUAUAUCACACAUCUGGGUUUAUUAUAUUCUGUAUCCCUGUUAUAUCACACAUCUGGGUUUAUUAUAUUCUGGAACCCUGUUAUAUCACACACCUGCAUUUAUUAUAUUCUGGAUUCCGGUUAUAUCAUACAUAUGGGUUUAUUAUAUUCUGGAUCCCGGUUAUAUCAUACAUCUGGGUUUAUUAUAUUCUGGAUCCCUGUUAUAUCACACAGCUGGGUUUAUUAUAUUCUGGAUCCCUGUUAUAUCACACAAUUGGUUUUAUUAUAUACUGGAACCCUGCUAUAUCACACACCUGCAUUUAUUAUAUUCUGGAUUCCGGUUAUAUGAUACAUCUGGGUUUAUUAUAUUCUGGAUCCCCGUUAGAUCACUCAGCUGGGUUUAUUAAAGCCUGGAUCCCUGUUAUAUCACACAGCUGGGUUUAUUAUAGCCUGGAUCCCUGUUAUAUCAUACAUCUGGGUUUAUUAUAAUUCUGGAUCCCUGUUAUAUCACACACCUGGGUGUAUUAUAUUCUGGAUCCAUGUUAUAUCACACAGCUGGAUUUAUUAUAUUCUGGAUCCCUGUUAUAUCACACAGCUGGGUUUAUUAUAUUUUGGAUCCCUGUUAUAUCACACAGCUGGGUGUAUUAUAUUCUGGAUCCAUGUUAUAUCACACAUCGGGGAUUAUUAUAGUUUUGGAUCUCUGUUAUAUCACACAGCUGGGCUUAUUAUAUUCUGGAUCCCUGUUAUAUUACACAGCUGGGUUUAUUAUAUUCUGGAUCCCUUUUAUAUAACACACCUGUAUUUACUAUAUUCUGGAUCCCGGUUAUAUCAUACAACUGGGUUUAUUAUAUUCUGGAUCCCUGUUAUAUCACACAUCUGGGUUUAUUAUAUUCUGGAUCCCUGUUAUAUCACACAGUUGGGUUUAUUAUAUACUGGAACCCUGUUAUAUCACACAACUGCAUUUAUUAUUCUGGAUUACGGUUAUAUCAUACAUCUGCAUUUAUUAUAUUUUGGAUCCCUGUUAUAUCACACAGCUGGGUGUAUUAUAUUCUGGAUCCAUGUUAUAUCACACAGCUGGGCUUAUUAUAUUCUGGAUCCCUGUUAUAUCACACACCUGCAUUUAUUAUAUUCUGGAUUCCGAUUAUAUCAUACAUCUGGGUUUAUUAUAUUCUGGAUCCCUGUUAUAUCACACAGUUGGUUUUAUUAUAUACUGGAACCCUGCUAUAUCACACACCUGCAUUUAUUAUAUUCUGGAUUCCGGUUAUAUGAUACAUCUGGGUUUAUUAUAUUCUGGAUCCCGGUUAUAUCAUACACCUAGGUUUAUUAUAUUCUGGAUCCCCGUUAUAUAAUACAGCUGGGUUUAUUAUAUUCUGGAACCCCGUUAGAUCACUCAGCUGGGUUUAUUAUAGCCUGGAUCCCUGUUAUAUCACACAGCUGGGUUUAUUAUAGCCUGGAUCCCUGUUAUAUCAUACAUCUGGGUUUAUAAUAUUCUGGAUCCCCGUUAAAUCACACAGCUGGGUUUAUUAUAUUCUGCAACCCCUUUAGAUCACUCAGCUGGGUUUAUUAUAUUCUAGAUCCCUGUUAUAUUACACAUCUGGGUUUAUUAUAGUCUGGAACCAUGGUAUAUCAUACACCUGUAUUUAUUAUAUUCUGCAACCAUGUUAAAUCACAUAUGUGUAUUAAUUAUAUUCUGGAUCCCUGUUAUAUCAUACAUCUGGGUUUAUUAUAUUCUGGAACCAUGUUAAAUCACAUAUGUGUAUUUAUUAUAUUCUGGAUCCCUGUUAUAUUGUACAUCUGUUUUUUUUGUCUAGUGCUGUACAAUGUACAAUAAGUUGGGAACAAUGCCUUAAUGGUGGUCUAACCUACUGAGCCUUUGCUCAAAGGAGCUUACAAUCUAAACUGAAAUGUCCACUGCAGCUUUAUGUCAGCAGAUAUACAUUUCUUGGUAACGUAAUUUGCUCCGACGAUCCAUUAGAAGGUUUUACUUGUAUGAUUUCACUUAGUUUCUGGUUGUUUUUUUUUAUUCUUUCAACACCCUAGAUAACAAAAUAGUCAUGCUUGACCAUGCCUAUCUCUGUUUUGACCCAGUUAAACUGUAUUAUGCUUUGACGUUCUUUCCUUGUCUUUUAUGUUUCAGGUUACCGCUGCUUCAAGGCCGUUAUGUUUCUGACAGGUCUAAUGUUUGGUUCUGUGGUCAUCUUCAUGUUGUGCUAUAAAGAACGUGUCUUGGACACGCAGUUGAGCGUGGAAGCCAGUGUCGGCAUUGGUUUGGGCAUUGGAGUCCUCUGUGGGCUGGUCACCAUGCUGGUGAGAAGCGUAGGACUCUUCAUGGUGGGCCUGCUGUUGGGAUUGCUGCUUGCGAUAGCCACCUUGAUUGUCAUGGAGCAGUUCUACCAUCCACGCACAGUCUGGGUUCCCGUGGCUCUCCUGCUUGGAAUUGGAAUGCUGUUUGCUGUCUUGACCCUACAGUGGCAGCGUUUCUUCACUACGCUUUCCACCGCAGUCUUUGGCAGCGCCAUUAUGACAGUGACGGUUGAUUAUUUCAUUGAAUUGUUUUUACUGGUGCAGUAUGUGUAUCAGCGCAUGAAGGUGGCUCCUCCACAGAACGUCUGCUGGUACAGCUGGGUCAUUCUUGGUAUUUGGCCAGUCCUCAGCUUACUAGGAGUUCUUGUGCAAUGGAAAGUCACUGCAGAAGGCUACUCUCACACAGAGGGUAAGUACGGACAUUGAAAAAAUGUUUUUGGAUGGAGAUGUGGCAUGACUGAGGUGAUCUCAAGUAAUAUCUAGGAGAAGAUUGUAAUAUGAUUUAAAGGGACACUAUCAAAAAAUUCUGUCAUUUUGUUUAUCUGUCUGUCUGUCUAUUUGUCUGUCUGUAUAGGCAUAAGGCUAUCCUAACUAUAAGAUAAGGCCAGGGACUAAUAAAAGUAUUUAGAAAAUUGGGCAGAUUAGAUGGGGCGAAUGGUUCUUAUCUGCCGUCACAUUCUAUGUUUCUAUAUUUUUAUAUAUGUAUAAAUCUUUCUGUCAUACUAAUCUAUGUAAAGAAAAGAAACACGAAGUCCAAACUUUAUAUAACAAAAAAUAAGGAAAAUAUUAUUUCUUGACUCCAAAAUAGGUAUGUUUUUGCAGUGUGAGUGCAUCUAUGAAUGCACGGAUGCUUUAUUUACGCAAGAUUGUGUCUGUGAAUGCAGGGGUGUAAUUAUUUACGGUUUGAAUGCGUCUAUAAACGCAGGGGUGUAUUUAUUUUCAGUGUGAGUGUGUAUAUAAAUGCACGGUUGUUUGAUUUGCAGUGUGUCUCGGCUCCCCGUUCUUCUGCCGGCGUGGCCGCACAUAAACUAAGUGGCCAUGCCGACAGAGAUAUUGUAUACUUACUGCUGCCUGACCUCCUUUCCGCUGCGGUUCCAGUUUUAAUAGGACACUCACCUUCGCCCAUAUCAAAAAUGGCACCAACACAUGUUCGACAUCAUGUCAUAGACGCACGUUUUGGGGUCAGAGGCCAGAGACAACCAAUUACAGCCUUAUGAGGGUUAUUUAAACCCAAAUUAACUUUUGGUCAGUGCCCUGUCAUGGUUUCCACUAGCUGGUUAUCCGAGAGUGUGUUCCUGAUCGUGUUUUUCUGUUUUUUUACUUUGGCUUUGUUUUGACUUCCCUGGUUGCUGGUACCCUUGACUUUUGGCUUUUCCUUAUCGCUGUGUCUCGUUCUGUGUCCCUGACCUCUAGGGUGUGAUACUAUUCUGCGUGCCGGAUCAAUAUAAUCCUGAAACAGUGUGAGUGUGUCAAUGAAUGCAUUAAUGUUUUGUUCGCAGUGUGAGUUUGUUUCUGAAUGCAAAGAUAUAUUUAAUAUUUUAGUGUGAGUGUACCUCAGAAUGUAGCAAUAUAUUUGUGGAGUAUACGUGUUUUUAUUAUUUCAGAGGUGUAUAUGGACUCAAAGAUUUCAUUUGUGUGGAGCGUCAUUGUGUUGAAUGGAGGGGUAUAUUUUUGUUGAGUGUCAGUAUGUGAAUGUAGAGUAUAUUCAUGUAGGAUGUCACUGGGUGACUGCAGGGGUGUAUCUCUGUGAAAUGUCAUUGUAUGAAUGUAAAGGUAUGUUUUUGCUGAUCGUAAUUCUGUGAACGUACGCGUGUAUUGUAAAUGUGAUUAUGUGAAUGUAGGGGUGCAAUUGUGUGUAGUUUUAGUGUGUGACUACAAGGAUGUUUUUCUGUUAUAUAUUUGUGUGGAGUGUCAGUAUGUGACUACAGGAUUGUGUUUGUAUAAAGUGUCAGUAUGUAAAUACAUGGGUAUGUUUUUAUGGAGUGUCAGCACGUAAAUACAGGAGUGUGUGUCUGUGCGUGUGGAGUGUCAGUAUGUGAAUACAGGGAAGUGGAGUGUCAGUGUGUGAAAUUAAUACAGGGGUGUGUAAGUGUGUAGUGUUAGUAUGUGAAUACAUAGGUGUGUUUGUGUGUAGUGUCAGUAUGUGAAUACAGGGUGUGUUUGUGUGGAGUAUCAGUGUGUGAAUACAGAGGUGUGUGUGUGCGUGUGUGGAGUAUCAGUAUGUGAAUACAGGGGGGUGUUUGUGUUGAAUUUCAGUGUGUGAAAUGAAUAUAGGGGUGUGUUUGUGUGUAGUGUCAGUAUGUGAAUACAUGGGUGUGUUUGUGUGUAGUGUCAGUAUGUGAAUACAGAGGUGUGUGUGUGUGUGUGUGUGUGGAGUAUCAGUAUGUGAAUACAGGGGGGUGUUUGUGUGGAAUUCCAGUGUGUGAAAUGAAUAUAGGGGUGUGCUUGUGUGUAGUGUCACAUGUGAAUACAGGGGUGUGUUUGUAUAGAGUAUCAGUAUGUGAAUAUAGGGGUGUGUCUGUAUGAAGUGUCAGUAUGUAACUACAGGGGUAUGUUUUUAUAGAGUGUCAGUAUGUGAAUACAGAGGUAUGUGUGUUUGUUGAGUGUCACUAUGUGAAUAUAGGGGUAUGUUUGUGUGGUGUGUCAGUGUAUGAAUACUGAAGUAUAUUUGUGUGGAGAGCUAGUGUGUGAAUAUAGGCAAAUGUCUGUAUAGAGUGUUAGUAUGUAAAUACAGGGGUCUGUUUCUAUGUAGUGUCAGUAUGUGAAUACAGGGGUGUGUUUGUGUGGUGCAUCAGUGUGUGAAUACAGGGGUGUGUGUAUGGAGUGUCAAGAUAUGAAUAAAUGUGUGUGUGUGUGUGUGUGUUUGGUGUCAGUAUGUGAAUACAAGGUGUGUUUGUGUGUGUAGUGUCAGUAUGUGAAUACAGUGUGUGUUUGUGUGGAGUGUCAGUAUGUAAAUACAGGGGUGUGUUUGUGUGGAGUGUCAGUGUGUGAAUACAGAGGUGUGUGUGUGUGUGUGUGUGUGUGUGUGUGUGGAGUAUCAGUAUGUGAAUACAGGGGGGUGUUUGUGUGGAAUUCCAGUGUGUGAAAUGAAUAUAGGGGUGUUUUGUGUGUAGUGUCACAUGUGAAUACAGGGGUGUGUUUGUAUAGAGUAUCAGUAUAUGAAUAUAGGGGUGUGUCUUUAUGAAGUGUCAAUAUGUAACUACAGGGGUAUGUUUUUAGUAUGUGUCAGUAUGUGAAUACAGAGGUGUGUGUGUGUUUGUUGAGUGUCACUAUGUGAAUAUAGGGGUAUGUUUGUGUGGUGUGUCAGUGUGUGAAUACUGAAGUAUAUUUGUGUGGAGAGCGAGUGUGUGAAUGCAGGCGUAUGUCUGUAUAGAGUGUUAGUAUGUAAAUACAGGGGUCUGUUUCUAUGUAGUGUCAGUAUGUGAAUACAGGGGUGUGUUUGUGUGGUGCAUCAGUGUGUGAAUACAGGGGUGUGUGUGUGUAUGGAGUGUCAGGAUAUGAAUAAAUGUGUAUGUGUGUGUGUGUGUGUUUAGUGUCAGUAUGUGAAUACAAGGUGUGUUUGUGUGUGUAGUGUCAGUAUGUGAAUACAGUGUGUGUUUGUGUGGAGUGUCAGUAUGUAAAUACAGGGGUGUGUUUGUGUGGAGUGUCAGUAUAUGAAUACAGGGGUGUGUUUGUGUGGUGCAUCAGUGUGUGAAUAUAGGGGUGUGUGUGUAUGGAGUGUCUGGAUAUGAAUAAAUGUGUGUGUGUGUGUGUGUGUGUGUGUAGUGUCAGUAUGUGAAUACAGGGUGUGUUUGUGUGGAGUGUCAGUAUAUGAAUACAGGGAUGUGCUUGUGUCUAGUGUCAGUAUGUGAAUACAGGGUGUGUUUGUGUGGAGUGUCAGUAUAUGAAUACAGGGAUGUGCUUGUGUCUAGUGUCAGUGUGUGAAUACAGGGGAGUGUUUGUGUGGAAUGUGUAAAUGGAGGCGUCUGUGGCCCCUUCUAACUUGCUUACAGAAGGGGCUCCAUUCUGUUGUCUGUUGACAUGCAGAAAGCAUACAUGAGCUUGUUCUAAGCACUGCUGCCUCUCGGCUCACUCUACAGCGACGUCACACAUCUCUACAGUAUGAGCUGCCAAGCUUGCUGAAGCAUAGUGCCCUGUGUUGUACCUAAUGCCGCAGGCAGAGAAUCUGCUCUGUGACCUUCCCAAGCCCCUGCCAGCUUCACAACACUGUGCGAGGGGUCAAGUAGACAUUAUGAGCCAUAUUUUCGAUUAUUAAAAAUAUCAAUUGAGUUUGAUAGCACAUCCUAUCUGUCCUGAUAUCACGUCUGUCCUAUGUCCAUAGUAAGAACCAUAAACACAUGGAAUAUUUCUGAAAUCUUAUUUCAAGUCACAGUUGUUCUCUGUUCAGUCCUGUUAAUGAACAGGUCACCAGGGCAUUGUGUUUGUUAUCGCGCCCCCUGUACAAUGCCUUUUUCUUUUCUAGCGUGAUAUUAUUAUUAUUAAUUAUUAUUAUUAUUUAUUGGUAAGAUAAAGACACGACAUGGAGCUCCUUACCCCUACCGUACUGCUAAAAACAUUCAUAAUGUCAUUCUACUGUUGAAAAUUCCAUAGGCAGCGACCUGCAAUCCCCCGCCCUAAAUAUAGUUUUAUUAGAGGUAGACAUGGUGUGGCUCUUACAGAGAUAAUAUAGGCUCAUACAUGCACUAAUAAAAAUAAUUUAAUGCUUCAUUGAUUUUCUUUAUAAAAUGCUUCCUCUUCCACUGGCGGUAAAAGAGGAUAAUGAGGGGGAGGGACUGGCAUCAUCUCAGCAGAGAUCAUGAACCCAGUUACUGCGGAGUCCCGAACUCUGAAAAACUCCAAAAAAAGAAUAAAGUGAAUGAAAGAAUAUUUAUUAUUCCAGCCAUUACUGUAUUAAAUAGUGCAUAAAAUGUGCACAGAAAAUACUACUUACACAAAGUAGCAUAUUAAAAAAACACACUGAGCCAUAUUUAAUAAGGCAAACAUUCUGGUCCAGAGUGUUAAGGCUCAAUCACCAUGGAAACCAAUAGAAUUAGGAAAGAUACGUUGUUUAUUGAUUCUUGGUUGUAGCCUCUGUUAACAUGUCCUUUUCUUUAGCGCUAAGUAAAUAUGAGAAAAAAAAAUUUUUUGUUGUCUUCUAAUAGAGAGCUUAGAGGAUAUUUCUACACAGUAUAUAGAUAGAUGGAUAUUUCUAUAAAGUGUAUAGAUAGAUGGGUGUUUCUAUAAGGAAUAAGAUAGAUAUUUCUAUACAGUAUACAGAUAGAUGGAUAUUUCUACACAGUGUAUAGAUAGAUGGAUGUUUCUAUACAGUAUAUAGAUAGAUGGAUAUUUCAAUACAGUAUAAGAUAAAUAUUUCUAUACAGUUUAUAGAUAGAUGGAUAUUUCUACACAGUAUAUAGAUAGAUGGAUGUUUCUAUACAGUAUAUAGAUAAAUGGAUGUUUCUAUACAGUGUAUAGAUAGAUGGAUAUUUCAAUACAGCAUAUAGAUAGAUGGAUGUUUCUAUACAGUAUAUAGAUAAAUGGAUGUUUCUAUUCAGUAUAUAGAUAGAUGGAUGUUUCUAUAUAGUAUACAGAUAGAUGGAUAUUUCUAUAAAGUGUAUAGAUAGAUGGGUGUUUCUAUACAGUAUAUAGAUAGAUGAUGUUUCUAUACAGUAUAAGAUAGAUAUUUCUAUACAGUAUACAGAUAGAUAGAUAUUUCUAUACAGUUUUCUAUAUAAAUAGAUGGAUAUUUCUACACAGUGUAUAGAUAGAUGGAUGUUUCUAUACAGUAUAAGAUAAAUAUUUCUAUACAGUAUAUAGAUAGAUGGAUGUUUCUAUACAGUGUAUAGAUAGAUGGAUAUUUCUUUACAGUAUAUAGAUAAAUGGAUGUUUCUAUACAGUAUAUAGAUAGAUGGAUGUUUCUAUACAGUAUAUAGAUACAUGGGUGUUUCUAUACAGUAUAUAGAUAGAUGGAUAUUUCUAUACAGUAUAUAGAUAGAUGGAUAUUUCUAUACAGUAUAUAGAUAGAUGGGUGUUUCUAUACAGUAUAUAGAUAGAUGGAUAUUUCUAUACAGUAUAUAGAUAAAUGGAUGUUUCUAUACAGCAUAUAGAUAGAUGGCUGUUUCUAUACAGUAUAUAGAUAAAUGGAUGUUUCUAUACAGCAUAUAGAUAGAUGGAUGUUUCUAUACAGUAUAUAGAUAAAUGGAUGUUUCUAUACAGCAUAUAGAUAGAUGGGUGUUUCUAUACAGUAUAUAGAUAGAUGGAUAUUUCUAUACAGUGUAUAGAUAGAUGGGUGUUUCUAUACAGUAUAUAGAUAAAUGGAUAUUUCUAUACAGUAUAUAGAUAGAUGGGUGUUUCUAUACAGUAUAUAGAUAGAUGGAUGUUUCUAUACAGUAUAAGAUAGAUAUUUCUAUACAGUAUAUAGAUAGAUGGGUAUUUCUAUACAGUGUAUAGAUAGAUGGAUAUUUCUAUACAGUAUAUAGAUAGAUGGGUGUUUCUAUACAGUAUAUAGAUAGAUGGAUAUUUCAGUAUAAAUAUAGGGAGUGAACUGUACAUGGCUUGUUUUGAGAGAGAGCGCGCAUGUGUCAUAAGUUUCUUAGUAACCAGGUUGUUAAGCGUGUUUAGUGGGUGCAUUGAUGACACUAUUACCCACCAGUAAUGUGCUUGUGCUGUGUCAUUGGUUUUCAUAACAAUUUUAGAAAUUGUCAUUUUUAAAUGUAAUUAAUAAUGCAUAAAUAAGGAGUUAGUACUCCUAAUGGAGUACCAACUGGAUACAUUGGGGAUAAUUCAUGAAAAUACAUUCUAUGGAAGCUGCUCAGUCACCAUGGAAACAAUUGGAACAUCCUUAUUGAUUGCUCCAACGUUCGCAUUGUGCCCCAAUAAAUAGCCCCCCAUGUUACUGUUUACAUCAUGACAAGUGCUGAUAGUGUUUGGGAAACACUUUCAAACUGAAAAUGUAGCAAUUUGUUGUAUGAAUACCCUUCAAUAGCAAUAUCAAACGCAUUUUAUCGUUUAAACCUUUGCAUUAUACAUCCCUUCGAAGUUGAAAUUGUUAACGCGAAGACUCAGAGCUGGUUAUAGAGGAAAAACCUAAAGACUUAGAUGGGGUUAAUGCGAUUCGUAGAACUUGUGAAUUCUAAACACAUUUUAUGAAGUUGCAGGGUUUUUAUAACAGAAUACAAUAAACACUGACUUAUAAAGAAUAAAAGGUCAUGUUUUAAAUAGUCUGCGGACAGCUUUCUGUUCCAAGGUAUGGCCAUUCAGAGUAACAUUGCCGUGAGUUAAAUGCCAAUAGCUGGGAUACGGAGUGUGUUCAGUACAUAGGCUUAAUUUAAUCGUUUUAGAUAAGCUUUUUAAAAUGACCUAAUAUUUCUGGAUACAUUUUUAAAAUAAUUUCUAUUUUCAAAAUAUUAAAAUGUCAAACAUAGAUCAUAGAUAAAAAUCAUAUCAGUUUAUGAAAAAAAGAAAUUAGAAAAUCCAAAUAUUAAAAUGUGUAUAACUUAAAAUCAUUUUAAAAAUUUAUCAAAAAUAUUCAAUUAUUUGUAAAGCUGGCCCAAAAAUAGUAAAUCGAGGCCAUAGUUGGCUGGAGAUUAAUGUUUAUUUUAGAGAUUACAACUGAGAUUCAUAUUAAGAUUAAGAUGUGUGAUGUCCUUAGAGUUGAUCAGAUUAAAGUUGCAAAUGAUUGACACAAUCGCAUAAUUUUAGGAAGCUGAUUUAUAUUUGGUUUAAUGAAUCACAAACGUCUAACCAAAUCCAGAUUCCUUUGCAAUAUCAGUUUUAAACAUUAAUCUACAGAAUCCUUGUGUCUUCUAAAGACACAAGGUCUCAUUAGGCAUUCUCUGUUAUUUCUCAGAAUUAGACCCAGGUGCCCUUAGGCUACUUAUUAAACAUUAAUAUGAAAGUUAUUGUAGUGGUAUGGGGCCCAUGUAUGUAAACGUGAUUGAGGCUGCAUUUCAAACAUACCCACAUUGACUUUGAAAGGCAUUAUUUUUAUUAUUGAGCAAUAGUUAUAUAGAGUACCUAUCCAGAAUUUCUUAUUAAGUUACCCGUUAAUCCAAAUCCCCCGUAUUAUGACUGUGGGGACAGGAUUCCCCUUGAAGGAUAAGACCUUCAUAUACACAAAGGUCUGUAUACGGCUGUCCGGAAGCAUGUAAAAUGAGUCUGUGGCCUGAUUACAGGCGGAAUAGGAUGAUUAGUUCCUAUCCGCUCUGACAGCCUGUCUGUCUAUUGAUCUGUCUAGCGAUCUGUAUUAAAAAUGCAAUAUAAAUGUUCUUAGAAAAAUCUAAUUCCCAUUUUGGAGUAAAAAAGGAUAAUUUAAAGUUUUAAUGAUUAAUUGGAAAUCUCUUCAGUAUUAGGGGUAUGCUUUAUUUACCUUUUUAAAAUUAACCACACCAUGGAAGUUUGAUAAUGUGACACUAAGGGCAUACCUCCCAAGUGUCCCUAUUUAAGAGGACAGUCCUUAUUUUUGGGUCCAAAUACCUCUUUUAUAUCCUAAUGUCCAUCUUUUCGAGGAGCUCCAUAUUGUUGGUGUGUCUGACACAGAGCUCCACAGCAAUAAUACUCCCAGUAAUGUGUCUGAGUGUAUAACAGAGCUCCACAGCAAUAAUACUCCCAGUAAUGUGUCUGAGUGUAUAACAGAGCUCCACAGCAAUAAUACUCCCAGUAAUGUGUCUGAGUGUAUAACAGAGCUCCACAGCAAUAAUACUCCCAGUAAUGUGUCUGAGUGUAUAACAGAGCUCCACAGCAAUAAUACUCCCAGUAAUGUGUCUGAGUGUAUAACAGAGCUCCACAGCAAUAAUACUCCCAGUAAUGUGUCUGAGUGUAUAACAGAGCUCCACAGCAAUAAUACUCCCAGUAAUGUGUCUGAGUGUAUAACAGAGCUCCACAGCAAUAAUACUCCCAGUAAUGUGUCUGAGUGUAUAACAGAGCUCCACAGCAAUAAUACUCCCAGUAAUGUGUCUGAGUGUAUAACAGAGCUCCACAGCAAUAAUACUCCCAGUAAUGUGUCUGAGAGUAUCACAGAGCUCCACAGCAAUAAUACUCCCAGUAAUGUGUUUGAGUGUAUCACAGAGCUCCACAGCAAUAAUACUCCCAGUAAUGUGUCUGAGUGUAUAACAGAGCUCCACAGUAAUAAUACUCCCAGUUAUGUGUCUGAGUGUAUAACAGAGCUCCACAGCAAUAAUACUCCCAGUAAUGUGUCUGAGUGUAUAACAGAGCUCCACAGCAGAGAUACUCCCAGUAAUGUGUCUGAGUGUAUAACAGAGCUCCACAGCAAUAAUACUCCCAGUAAUGUGUCUUUAACCCCUUAAGGACACAUGACAUGUGUGACAUGUCAUGAUUCCCUUUUAUUCCAGAAGUUUGGUCCUUAAGGGGUUAAACUACAAUAAACGUGUCUAGAAAUCAGUCUGUGUAAAUAAGAUAGACUGUUCCUGUUCUAAAUUACAUUUUAGUUUCACAAUUGUUAUUAGUAAGUCACAUAAAAUUCCCUGCCUGGAGAGAUACAUUCUGAUGUAAAUACACACAUAUAUAUAUAUAUAUAUAUAUAUAUAUAUAUACAACAUACAAAAUACACAAUCCAGUGCACUCGCUUAUUCACUAAACAAUGAUUUCAAAUCUCACAGAUUGUAAUAGUUUUAUUUAGAACACAUCACCUAGGCAAAAAAUCAUGGGGGUUUAGUUACAUUCUAUGAUUAUAUAUAUAUAUAUAUAGUAUGUUAAUGCUUCUCCCGCACACGCUCCUCCCCCGUUCCUCUAUUAUUUCUAUGGUCUGUGUUUUUGUUUUUUUCUCUUACUUUCUCUUUGUUUGUAUAAUACAUCAUAGCACGAAUAAUUAUGGCAUGUUCCAUCUCUCCAGACUCCAGUACAGCGAUUUGGCUUAUCUAUUGCUGCUGUCGGUGUGACACGCUGUUUUUGUUGUGAUACCUUACAAACGAUGAUAAAAUCUUUAAUAAACUUUAAAUAGAAUUUUAAAAGGCAUUUGAAUGCAUAUUUAAUCGUUAUUGGAUGUGCUUAGAAAUUAGAUUCUGCAAAUAAAAUACAAAAUACAGAUAUUGUAAUGGUUGAAUCAUUAAUAGAAAUUAUAUUCAUGAUGUCUGUUUUAGAUAUUGGAGCAUUCUUUCAAUGCAGCAUUGCCUCUACUCUCCCCAUCCUUUGCACUGUGCCAGGAUUUUCAAACAUUUAAUAUAUAAAUACAAAGAGGAGUUAAACUCGUUGCUGACACCCCUUGCAUUCAGCAAGUAAAACUUAAACGCUAUUCUGUUUGAGAAAGUAAUAACUGGGCGAUCAUUGUUCUUUUUUUAAAAGGUCUUUUCAUGUCAAAAAAACAAUAUCAUUAUCCCAUUUACUGUUCCUUUAAAUUGACUCACGCUAAGUACGCAGACAUCUAUUGUCGUAGACGUAGAGGGAUACAAUUGAACACAAUUUAAAUGCCAGUAUUAUUUCUCUUAAAAAUUAAAUUCAUGAAAAAUUUUGUUUCCAUAGAAGCCGUCCUCCCCCCCUUUCCCCUUAAUACAAUGUUACACAAAAGGGUUUAGGAAGGUUGGCAAUGCGCUAAAUGAAAUAGUGGGCAUUUAAAGGGUAAGUGUCACUCCUCUGGAAAUUGCACCAUUGAUUCAAAACAAUUGAAAGUCAAGUUUAAUUUGAGUUUGCCUUUUCUGUGUGUGAUGCACAAUAUAAUUUUACUUUUGUAUUAAAGAUUUAGCAAAUGACAUCAUAAUCCAGUUCAGUCAAGGCACAGCCAGGGCACAAAUUGCAAAUGAGGAGGAAAAAUAGAAUCAUUGUUUAAUUUCUCCCCUUCCCUGUCUGCUCUCUCUGUGCUGACUGCCAGGUGCUAAGGACAGAGCUUCUAACAAUGAUUGACAGGGAGCUAAGACGGAGGCGCCCUUAUUUCUAAGUCUUGCUCCUUAAAUAAAUGGACAAGUACAAACAUUUGUUAAAACUCCUGGAAAGUGACUGUUCCCCUUUAAGCAAUGUUUUUGCUAGACAUUGUGCAGGCCAAUUUUAUGGUAAUACUAAAUUGUAUUCCUAACACUAUAGUGCCCUCAGCUCACCCCCACCCCCUGACGGGGCAGAUAAAAAACACUUUUACACUUACCCAAUUUCUGGGCCCAUAUCCUCAGCUCUGGGUUGCCCUCUCCCUCCACUGACCUCACAUAAUGGGGGGAACAAAUGUGCAUGCGCAGUGAACGUCGCACACACAUUAGUCCUUCCCCAUAGGAAAGCAUUCCCUCAAUACUUUCCUAUGGGGGUUUUCUAGACAUCUGGUAGGCAGCUACUGGAGGCAGCCUUAACACUCCUAAGUAAACAUUGCAAUUUCCCCCAAAAUUUGCGGGGUUAAGGAAACAGGGACACUGCCUAUAGUGUUCCUUUAAUAGAACCUGGACAUUAUGGUUGUCCUUGAGUUCAAGUUUAUGAUUCUUCAUGAUACUUCUUAAAAAAUUCCAUUAACGUUAUCUUCUCCUUUCCAGUUAUCAUAAGCCGACAGCAGCGCCGGGUCCAACUAAUGAAAAUAAAGCAACGGGAGGAACGGAAGGAGAAAAAGAAGAAAAACAAGAGGCCACACCACCAUCAUGCCCACCCGCAACAUAAAGCUCCUCACCCACCUGAGCCAGCCUUCCGCAGGAAACCUACUCCAAUCAGGCGCUUUGAUGGGGACGUGAUUUCCCCGGUAAGUGGCUGUGGCAGGCCAAGCUGGAGUGAUAGGAAAUUCAGACCUUAUUAGGCCCUCGUUCCUGGAUAUUGCAAAUGGCUGAAGCUGUAAUGAUUUGUAUUAAUAUUAUUUAUGGCUUGCUUGGAUGCAGCAUUGUAGUCAUCGAUAGUGGAAGGAGAACCUUGAGGGUGGAUUUACAAACAGGUUUCCCCAGACGUCUAAGAUUGAAAAAUGAAUUCUAUAAUAUUUUAUUUUCACCCGGUCAGAUUAGACUUUUUACCUAAAUGCAGAGUAUCGUGGGAGGGAAGCCAUAUGCACCGUGUGUGCCUGGAUUCACUGAUGGGCAACACGUGGUAUAUAAACUCCCGAAUCUGCUGUUUGAAUCCUCUAAUUAACCAUUAAUGCUGCAGAGUAUACUUUGUGCAUUCUGCAGGGAAGUACUUUUCAUUGGGUACAUUGGGUACAUUUAUUAACAUGAAGAUGGUUUUUAUGUCUUGGGAAACAUGGUGGGUAUGGCAAUCCUAUGGAGGAUCUAAUCAAUGAGAAAACAAGUAAAAGAGGGACAUGUCAUGUGAGCUUCCUCCUAAACCUAAUGAACCUACAUCUCCUGAAUGAUUUGCUGGCCCCUUGUAAAGUCUUGCCAGCAUAUGGCUAAUGCUAGAUAGAAGCCAAUGACAUCACUGACGUACUAGCCUAUGACUAUGUUCUACAUUGGCUCGCACUUCUUAUUUCUGCAGAAACAUGUGUUAUUCUGUUUUUUUUUUGUUUUACUCUCUGUCUUUCUGCAGAGUUACAUCCAGAGUUUCCGGGACCAGCAGACAGGAUCCUCGAGAAGUCGCAUGACCGGAGCGCACACUGUAGUGGAUUUGGACUAUGACUGCGGUUCCCGGGUCCCUCUGACUUCAGGAGCAGCAUCUGCCGUACGGGUAUAGCACACCGAGAAAAAGAGCGGGGAGGAUAAAAUAUAUCCGAGGGGUGUUACUGGGCUCAGAUAUGGAGUUAAAAAUUGCAAACACUGUGACACUGCACAUACUGAGGAGCUGCUACAGGGCACGGCGGAUCGUGUUGCCCUUGAACUGCGCAAACGCUGAGGACAACCCAAGAUAGUCUGUAAACCAGCCUCCUGCGCAGUAUAAGCCACAAACACUGCUUCCUGCUGUACAUGCACUCAACAUUGACACCAUACAACCUGAACUCCCACCUACCUCCCCAUGAAACACCAUACACAAUGCAGAUCCCACCUACCUCCCCGCUCUUAAACGGAGACCUCUGACUGCUUCCCUAUAUGCACUUCUUACCAGCCCCCCCCCCCUUUGAGUCGAUGAAGAAGGGGCUAGCCAGACACCAAUCCUGGGUGCCUGUACCAACCAGUUUCUUUUUCUCGUGUUCUCCUUCUGUCCUGAGUGUGAUUCAGUGUCAUCUGGUGUCCAUAUUUCAUAACAGGCAGUACUGUCUAUUAGUGAAAAUCCACAAACCCCAAUGUGUAUAUAUUCCUAAAGAGAAAGAAAAACGUAUUUAACCCGUGAAAAACAUAUCUCUGCUGGAUUCAGAAGAAAUAUAAAAGGUUUUAGUGGAGAUUCCAAUUUAACAUGUGCAUUCAGGAAAAAAAGCCACAAGAUUUGGUUGGGGGGGAAAAAAACUUUUCUGGAACUUUUCAAUGGAUCUUUUUUAAAUUAUUGUUAUGUGGGUGGGUGGGCGGGUUAGAAGGUAGUGUGAGUUGCUAUGCAAGUUGAGGUGAGUUUCAUAGAUUGCAUGAUGGAACACCAUUGUUUUUAAGGUCCCACAUCUUCUACUUUCCUAGGAUCUCUCUGCUACUCUAUUUUUACAUCAGCCCUUUAAUUACGCCUAUUGUUGGUUGGAUUUACAGUCUCCCAUAUUCACAGGAAUGAUAACUGCUAACCUAACAUUCUCUUACCUAACUAACCAUCUGAUGUAGACGUGUCAUUCCAACCAUAUACCCAUGAUGUGUUGACUACAAACACUAGUCUACCGGCAGUUUAACUUAUUUAUUAUCCAUAUGCAGCAGUCACCUCUGUUUUCCUGUGAACUCUACCAAAAGGGCAUAUUGGCCAGUACAUUCCUCUCCGAAAUGUCUAGGCUUUUUCUAGCAUUGCAUUUCAAGCUCUGCUGUGCCUGCUGUUUCCUAUGCUCCGCUGUUGAGAGGUGUGUGUUACCUUUAAUUUCGAACCAUGCAUGUUUUAUGGUCGAUGUAAGACAUAGAAGAGAGAUACUGGAUGCUAUUGUGAGUGGGGGAUCUAUAUGUUUUAUGCUGUUGUUCUCAAUGAACAGAACAAGGCAUGGUAGCCCACUAAUAGCCAUUUUUUUUUCUUAAACCAGUCCUGAAGAACUCCUAUCCAUAUAACAUGUAGAGAUUGCUUGAUGCUAUUCCUGGAGGAAUUUACAUGAAUCUUUUACCAUGGGCUGUUCUUGAGGACUGUUUCAGAAGCAAUGUGCUUGGCAUUGUUAAAAUUCACAACGAUGGGUCCUUGUGUGAUGUGAUCGAAGGUUGUGUGCUUUCUUGGGGCAACAUGUUUUAAAUAUUUUUUAUCUGUGCCAAACCCCUGAUUCCAAUGUAAAUAUGAACUAAUUUCUCAUUGUUAAAGUAAUUUAUUGCAAAUCUUCACUGGACACUUUGUGGUUUAUUUUUGUUGUUGUGUGAAA